AUUCAUUCUCGUUCUUCCCCUGCUCAUCACUGAGGAAAACCCUUACAGGCUGGCUCUCCAGGCAGAAUGGAAUGAUUCUGAGUCGUUAGUGAGCAUUCGUUGUUUGCCUGAAGUGACCUGAGUCUGUGGAAACCAGUUGAUCGUCUACAUUAUUUCCUGCGGCUCUCAGACUCUCUUGCCCAACCAUCCCAAAUCAACGAUACAGACUCAGCCCCUACCAAUAGUUGCCCAUCGGCGCCCAUUCUCAAUACAGCAACCUCUGCAGUUGCUGUCUCACGGCCUUUCGAAUACAACCUCAAGCAGAGAUCACGCUAUAACGAACUCCACGAACUUGAGGACGCAAACUCUAGUGACAGACUUCAAAAUCCAGCCCAACGACAGCACAUUUUUUCCUCGAAUUCAUGGAGCCAUUUCGGUUAUUAUGCGCAGGCCCGGUCGAUGAGUGGAUUUCCGUGUGAACAAGUUGAUGGGAAGUCGAAAAUAACCAAGUUGGCUUUCGUCCUACACAUCUAUCCCUCUUGCCUGGUUUGGUAGCCUUGUCUACAUUAUUGGUAACGAAGUGACGAAUCUCUUUGGGCAAAUGGCAUCUCCCAAGAUUGGCUCCGUGCCAGCAAAGUUGUCAUUCGCAAAGGUGGCCGCAAUGCGUGCGCCCGCUCCACCUCCCUCAAACUCCAACGUUUUCGAGGAUAAAAAGCCUCGAUCCGUCGAGCCCAACACCUCCCGCAAACCACCCCAGAGCAUCGCCGUUGAGCAAUCCACAAGUCCUAAGCAUCAGCAUGAGCCAGUCUUUGGAAGACUCGACAGCGAGAGCCAGUCUGACUAUGUUGCAUCAGCCAUCGAAGGCCUGUCGCUGAUGAAAGAGGUGGACAAGACCAACGAAGGAUCGCACAGUGCCGAGAGUGGUGAAUCCCUUGAAGAUGAUCGAUCCCAUCUCUCGAAUUCUUCCUCGAAACUGCAGGGCUUCGACACCAAGAGCAUGGCGUCCGUGACCACCUUUGCCAUGGACGAAAAAGAGAGUAUCCGGCCAGAUGACAGUGCAAGUGUCAGAGCCGUUGACGAUGAUGAACUUUCUAAUGCUCCUCGAGGAUCCGAGGUUUCGUCUUCUCUUGCUCGGGCUGGCCCAAGAGCUAAGAUCUCAGGCGUCACCAUUGCGCCUCGCCGAUACCAUACAUUAACCUUGACAAAUCCUCCCAGGUUUGGAGAUCUACCUGUAAGUCCGAUUCCUCAGGAGGACAGUCCACCACAUCAGUCUCUGGUUGAGCAUGAAAGCGACACACCUAGUGAGCUUCAAGAGCGAACCCAGCCUCUUCCCGUGGCCCCCGACGAGAAGCUCCUAGAUGCCUUAGCCACACCAAAAGACCGACUGCCAUUGUUGCAGCUCGAAGAAAAAGUCCUCAACUUCUUGAGUAGUCCCCAACCCGACUUUCUCGAUCUGCCCCCUCAGAAUCCAUAUAUGCGCCUUUUGACGCACAAAUUGGCCGAUUAUUAUAUGCUUGCACAUCUUAUCAACGAUGAUGGAAUCUCAGUGCGAAUUUUCAAAACUCCACUGAUUACAAUGCCCACUCCUCUCCACCACCUGGCAGCAUCCAUCCCGACAGGCCCACCACAAGCGCCUACAGCCAUGAACAUCAAGCUCUUACGUAGAGCCGGUAUGGACCUCAGACAGAACUCCACUGGUGGCAGCACAGCUGCAAGCUCGUCGGCGCCUUCUAAAGCAACUUCGGACGCCGGUCAAGAGACAAAUAGUGAGGAGGGAAUUCUAUCCUCAGACGGCACUCCAUUCAAAGACAAGUCGAAGCUUACUCGGGAGGAACGCGAGGCCCAGUAUAAAGCGGCUCGCGAUCGAAUCUUUGGUCCCGAUUUUCAAGAACCUGCUCCAAGCGAGAGCGCGUCCACGGGUGAAAACUCAGCAAGCAUGUCCAGGUCUAGCUCCUCAGAUGGCAAGAAGAGGACUCGGAAAGUCAAAACGCCCAAAGACGACAGUUUCGAGGCUCGAUCAGCAUUUAUCCCCAGCUAUAGUGCUAUGCACAUGGCCACCAUGCAUCACUAUCAAUCGCAAUUUCCAGAGCAAGGCUAUCAAGCGUCUUAUCAACCAUCUCAUAGCAUGGGGCAAAAUAUGAACUAUGGCAGUACGCCCAACCCGUCCUUUGCAGGCCAAGAACAGUCAAUGCAUUACAACGGGUUCUCGGGUUAUGGACCCUCCAGUAACGCCCAGUCCUUCAGUCCGAUGGAAGCAUGGCCUUCGUCUCAUUCGAACAACGUCGGCUAUGUCCCCUAUUCACAAUCUCCGAACAGCUAUCAGCCUAACGUUGCACACAUGUCAAAUCAAAUUAAUAAUCCAUACAUGCAGCAACCACAGGUGGGCAUGCAGCAAAGCCAAGGCUGGCUCAAUAACCAGUAUCAGCAAUAUUCGCAGCAGCCGCAUCAGCAGCAUCAACAAGGACCUCCCAAUACUAGCGGCUGGUCGAACUAUCAAAGUGGAUCACAUUUACCUGGUGCGCAGGCUUACGGGUACGGAAACGGACCAUCUUCAGCCUACCAGUCUGGUAAUUCAUAUCCUUCUCAACCAUCUGUGGCUGGAACACUUCCACGAUCCUUGUUCAACCCUCAGACUCGAUCAUUCGUGCCGAGCAACGCUAAUAGCCGCACAGGAGGUCGGCCUGGUCGGAAAAAGCCCUCCCCACCUUCGAGCCAAAAUCGUGUCAACCCCAGCGGUCGAGCGUUUGGCGUUGACGCUCUCACAGUCGGUGCAUCGCAACAGCCACCUCGAGGUUUUCUCAACAAUUCGGCGUCUCCGAGGCCUAAGGAGGACUCUCUGCAGCAAAAGUAUGGAGCCCCAUCACACUUGCCCAAAAAGCCCCCGCCUUCUCAGGUUUCGUCCGCAUUCGAUGUCGACAGCAUCAUUAAUAAUGGUGCCACGCCUGGUAGUGGUCCCCUGGUGGUCAAUGGAGGAAGCAGUGGAUCCAACUAGAAAACGGUACAAGCGUGAGCGACUGGGGCUGGUUGUCGGUCGGGAGACAUUUCGAAUUGAGGCGUGUGAUUUGUACCAGCAUUUGGCAGGAACGGAUGGAACGGACAGAUCUGGGGGAGCAAAACGGCGUUUGUUUGUUUGGAGUAGCGGACACAUCAUCAUCGACAAGCACAAAAAAGCAUCCAAUGGCGUGGCAUUAAAGCGGAUCCCAAAAGGCCCCAAAGACCGAAGGCGAUACCCAGAAUUCAGGCAAAGGGAAAGUAAAGUGGUGAACCUGGGCCACGUUUAUGCAUGUAGGAGGCUUUUCGGACCAAAAACUCCAUAGUCCCACACACGAUUGCAAGCCCAAAACAAAGAUUGCUUGCCAGCCUUAUAAUCAAGGUGUAAAAGAAAAAGUGGAAUCAAAAAAGCC